AUGGCUUUGGAUUUCUCCCAUUAUGGCGGGCCCUCCGAGGAGUGGCUGGCAGUGGAGAAGACAUUACCCGCGCUGUCCUACGACAUUACAAAAAAUCCGUACGAGCUACAAAAAGCUGUCAAUGCUGAAAGAGAGGGUCGAGCUGCAGAGGUGAUGGGGCUGUUGGCACCACAUGUUCAAAUCAAAGAUUAUACGAUCCCAACCCGCGACGGCUCAACUAUCGAAGCUCGGACCUAUCGGUCCGUGAAGACAGACGCGUCCGAAAAGCUUCCUGUUUAUUUGUACUUUCACGGCGGAGGCUUCAUCUUCGGUACUUUGUCUAGCGAGGAUCCCUUGUGUGCACAAACUGCCAUCAAAACUGGAGCGAUCGUGCUCAAUGUCAACUAUCGUCAUACGCCACAACAUACCUUCCCAACCGCCUGGUACGAUUCACAAGAUGCGUUUGCUUGGUUGCACAAGAACAUCGAUGUACUUGGGGGAGAUCCAUCGAAAGUCGUCACUGGGGGUAUUUCAGCAGGUGGUACAUUAGCAGCUUCCCUCACACUAGAGCAGCAUCUUGGAAAAAGUGAGGUCAUUGCAGGCCUGCCUACUCUAGCUGGACAGAUCUUGAUCAUCCCAAUGGUCGCUCACCCCGCCACUUACGACCAAGGACCCGGCAAGCUGCUCAAGACUUCGUCUUACAUGGAGAAUGUAAAUGCACCAGUAUUGCCGAAGAAGACUGUCGAUUUCUUCACAGCGCUGCUAAAUACCGCUUCAACGGGCUCACCAGAUCUAAAAGAUACCAAGUUUAACAUGAUUAAUGCGACGGCAGAGGAAGUCAAAGGCCUUCCUCCUACUGUGUUUGGCAUCGCGGGCUUAGAUCCAUUGCGCGACGAGGCUUUGCUGUACGCGAAGCUACUUUCGGAGGCCAACGUGCCGACAGACAUCACAUUGUUCAAGGGUGUCCCACAUGGUCAUAGGCGGUUCGGAAAGGCCCUGAAGGCAUCGGAGCACUGGGAUGAAUGCGUUGACGGUGGCAUACUAUGGGUGCUUUCGAAGCCGAAGGCUACUGGGAAGUUCGAUGUGAAGUUGCCGUAG